GUUCAUUUUUUAAAAAAGAAUCUCGAGAGGUUGCAUUUGAAAAUCAAAAGAAGAUCUCAUGAAGAGGUUUUACGAGAUAUGCUUAAACAGAAGAAGAUAAGUUAGUUGGAGAUUACAAAAACUAUCAUCACCAAAAUUCACGGUACGGAGAGAGGAUUUUCCCCUCUAUAUAUUUCCCAGCUAGCUGUAAAGGAUUCUCUCCUAUUUAUCUUCUAUGUCUCCUUCUUCAAUGUCCCCAUCACUUCCCCUAAUCCUUCUGCUCUGCAACUGAUCCGCAAAAAAGAAAAAAAACACACACACACACACACACACACAAUGGCUGGUGGGGGAAUCCCCGUCGGCCGCGACCGGGAUGACAAGGAGUACCCCGGCAACCUUACCUUCUACGUCCUAGUCACGUGCAUUGUCGCCGCCUUCGGCGGUUUGAUCUUCGGUUAUGAUCUCGGAAUUUCGGGUGGAGUCACAUCCAUGGAUACAUUCUUGAAGGAGUUUUUCCCGUCUGUUUACAGGAAGGAGGCGGCUGAGGUGUCGUCCACCAAUCAGUACUGCAAGUUCAACAGCCAGCUUCUGACGAUGUUUACUUCGUCCUUGUACUUGGCUGCUCUCGUCGCCUCCCUCGUCGCCUCGACCGUCACCAGAAAGUUCGGCCGCCGUUUGUCCAUGGUUUCAGGCGGUAUCCUCUUCUGCACCGGCGCCAUCAUCAACGGCUUCGCUCACAACGUGGGCAUGCUCAUCGCCGGCCGGAUGUUGCUGGGCUUCGGCAUCGGUUUCACCAAUCAGUCUGCACCGCUUUACUUGGCGGAGAUGGCGCCCUACAAGUACAGGGGCUCCCUCAACGUCUGCUUCCAACUCUGUAUCACCAUCGGCAUCCUCGUGGCCAACGUCCUCAACUACUUCUUCGCCCAGCUAAAGGGUGGCUGGGGUUGGCGGCUGAGCCUGGGCGGCGCCGUUGUCCCCGCCCUUAUCGUCACCGUGGGCUCCCUCGUCCUCACCGACACUCCAAACUCCCUCGUGGAACGCGGUAACGUUGAAGAGGCCCGGAAGAAGCUCAUCAAGAUCCGAGGCGUUAACGACGUCGAAACCGAGCUGGCCGACAUUGUGGCCGCUAGCGACGCCUCCAAGAAGGUGGAGCACCCCUGGGGAAACCUCUUGAAGCGCCGGUACAGGCCACACCUGACCAUGGCCGUCCUCAUUCCCUUCUUCCAGCAGCUUUCUGGCAUGAACGUUUUCAUGUUCUACGCCCCGGUAUUGUUCAAGACCAUAGGGUUCGGCAGCAACGCCUCCCUUAUGUCCGCCGUCAUCACCGGCCUCGUUAAUGCCCUUGCCACGGUGGUCUCCAUCUAUGGCGUCGACAAGUGGGGCAGACGGCAAUUGUUCCUCGAAGGUGGCGCCCAAAUGCUCAUUUGUCAGAUCGUGAUUACAAUCGCGGUGGCAGCCAAGUUCGGAGUGGACGGUAACCCAGGAGUCCUGCCAAAGUGGUACGCUGUUUUGGUGGUGCUCCUCAUCUGCAUCUACGUCGCGGGGUUCGCGUGGUCGUGGGGACCUUUGGGCUGGCUGGUGCCCAGUGAAAUCUUCCCUCUGGAGAUACGGUCGGCCGCACAGAGCAUCAAUGUCUCCGUGAACAUGAUCUUCACAUUCUUCAUCGCGCAAAUCUUCCUCACCAUGCUCUGCCACUUCAAGUUCGGGCUGUUCAUCUUCUUCGCUUUCUUCGUGGUGCUCAUGAGCAUCUUCAUCUACUACUUCCUCCCCGAGACCAAGAACGUGCCCAUUGAAGAGAUGUCCCUUGUUUGGAAGAACCAUUGGUACUGGGGCAAGUAUAUUCCUGAUGACGCCCUCCCUCCCCCCAAAGGCGGCCUCGAGAUGGGCAAGGUUGAUAUGGAGGCUUCGAAGCCUUGAGAGAUUGUGCUCAAGAAAAGAUAUUUUAGACCUUGGUAUGAAUUUUUUCGUUUGUAAAUAAAACUUGAUACAAUUGCGUAUUGGGUUUUGUUUGAAUUCAAAGAACUCAAUUCUAAGGUCUGGAUUUCAAAUUUCCGAGUGCUGAUGAGCCUAUAGUGAUUUUGGCUCAAGCUGAAUAUUAUGUGUUAUUCUAGUUUUUCCUGUCUGUUUUCUUAGUUAUGCCAUAAUUCUUUUAUGGCAGUCAUAGAUCAUCUAGGUUUUUUCAGUUUUUUUAUUCGGUGGAAUUGGUAGGACUGUUUUUGAGCAGUGAGUCUACGGUGCAGCAAACUGGUUGGAUUUCAAAGUUCUUUUGUUUCAAAUUUUAUUUAUCAUUGGCGUGUUACUGUUAUUAUCCCGUAGAAACUGGAUCCAAGUAAAAAGCAUCUGUUCAUUUUUAUUUUACAA